AUGCCGCCCUUCCCAUUAGUCUCUUUGCUGCUGCAGCUGAUGGUGCUGCUGCAUCAUCCCUGGAGCAGUCAUCAGCGAGACGGCUUCAUAGGGGUUUCAAUAUUCAUGGAUUUCGGGACGACGAGGGAUGUCGUGAAAUCGGCGGGGAUUCCUUAUUGGCAUUGCUUCGAUUAUUAUUGGCGGCGUCAGCGGGGUGAUGGGGAGAGCACCAGACUUCGACCCAUCCACUCAGCGGAUCGAGCAGUCGACGAAAGUCCGACGGUGGAAAUCCCCGGGAGGCGAUCUCCGCUGUCGACAUCGUCGACGUCUUUCGACGUUGUGCAGCAGCAGCCGAGGGCAGGGGACGCCCUGGUUCGACACUGCUACCGCUGCUGCAGGAUCCUGCCGCACCCCACCGCGGGGGUCGCAUUAUUCCGAUAUUCCUCUCUGGAACCAGAACGCGAUGUGCUUGCUGGAAGCGAAGCGAAGCCCGGGGUUCGGAUGCAUCCUGCAUGCCAAGGGGAUCCAAAUGCGACUCCAAGGAAGAGAAAACGGCCCGAGAAGAAGCCCAAGCAGAACGACAUAAAAACCUUGCUGCAGAAUUUAAGCGGAGGAGCUUUGAAGAUAGACACGACACCUAUGUCAUUUGAUACCAAACAUUCUUCUGGCAUCGCAAAUGUUUGCGUAACCGUUACGCCAGCCACGCAUCAACAGCAGCACCUGCACUGCGUUGACGCCUCUCCAUCCAUCUCAGCGUGUUCUCCGUUGUCCAGUGCGAGUUCGGCUGCCCAGGUUGUGCCGACGGCUUCGGAUGCAUCUUCAGGUACUGAAGAGCCAUUGUUGUGCGUGACGAAGUCCGAAUGUGAGGAGAGGAGCGACGGUGCUGUGAGUCCCGGAGCUGGUUCAAACGUCAGCAGCACUGAAGCGUCGAGCCCCGGACAUAAGCGGAACAAAAAGGCUGCUUGUUGCAAAAGGCCAGCAGUGAAGAUCUGGUUCCAAAACAGACGGACGAAAUGGAAGAAGCACGAGUGCCACAAUUCUUCCGUGCUGAGCCCGACCAGCUCCAAGGGCUGCAACGACGACGACGAUGUCGACACUUCCCGCGACUUCUCGCCAGCACCCACUUCAGGACUGAGCCCCGACCCGGAACCCAAGAUCCCGCGCCUGGCGACAGACAUCUCGACCCUGCUGGAUCCCAUUUCCAGCCUCGACCGGUGUGAUAUCAAGUCGGUGCCGGACCUGAAACCCGCCUAUUUGGGCGAUGCUGUCGUGCCGCAAGUUGACGGCAAGAAGAAGAAACCCCGGGCCCCGAGACCCAAGGCACCCAAGACCGAGAAAUUGACAAAAAAACAAGCCCUCGCCGGGCUCACUAACGUCGCUGCGAAACCUGUUGUCACCGGUGUUUCCUAA